CUCGUGGGCACCAAUCUUCGCGUGUCUGAAUGGCACAGCAAGUAGCCAAGUAGCGCCAGAGGACUUAGCACCUUCUGCAAUAUAAUUGCAGUCCAAUCAACUGCCUGACAGCGGCGCGUGCCGGGUAACUGCAGGACGGAUGAUCUAGUAUAGGCUGGUAUGGGUACAGCACAUGGCCCAGGGGUGAGAAAGCAUCAUGCGCCCUUACUACGGAGCCUGUAGAGUGUUAAGAAUGGCGGUGGCCCUGCGUGAGGUUGUUCGAGGGUCGCUAGUUUCGUGGGAACUGAAAAAUAUAUCUCUCAGCAGGAGUUGCCACUGCUUGACUGCCACAGAGUUUCACAAGAGAAGGAAGUAGGAAAGAAAUUCUAUCAUGGGUUACGGCGGAGCAUUAACACUGGUGAACGGCUCACCGUUCGACUGGACAUUAGCCAGCCAGCAUGCGUAUCAGAUGGAUUCCUGGAACUGGCCAACAAUCAGCACAGGAAAGGCAUCAAGAGUCUAUGUCGAGUUUGGGACCAAAGGAAACACUCGUGACGAUGCAGGGGAAGCCUACUAUAGCAUCGCUGGAACGUCAAACAAGUUUACGGUGCUAGCUAGGAAACCUACGGACUACAAGCUUACUAUAUCCCUGGAUAGCAUGUCCAUGAAGCAAAGUCCGCAGGGGUCGAAUAUUGACCUCGGUUUCCGACAUGAUGCUACGGUAAACUGGAUCAUGUCGACAGACGAGGCUGGACAGUGGUGGUCCAAUAGCGGCACUUACACCGACUGGAUGCAGCAGAGCAUGGGUUCGCUGGCUAAUAGGACGCUGAAGCAAAUAUGCAUGCCUGGCUCGCACGACGCUGGCAUGAGCACCUUCAGGCCGGGUACUGUUGGCGCUAAUAUGGCGAACACGCAAACCCAAUACCUCGAUUUCUAUCAACAGCUAGUGGCGGGCUCCCGAUUCUUCGACCUGCGGCCUGUCAUCUCUAGCGGACAGUGGGUAGCCGGGCACUACAGCGCGCUGAGGAACGACGUUGAAGACAUCUGGCUGGGCGGCAACGGACAGUCAAUCGCGGAUAUCAUUAAACAGGUCAAUGACUUCACGGCGCAGUACAAAGAGCUUGUCAUCAUCAACCUCAGUCACACUCUUGACACGGACAACAGAUACAAAGACCUCUCACAGGAUCAAUGGAACAGCCUAUUCGACACUUUGAAGGGACUCAACAGCCGCUACACGGUCCGCAACCCAGGCAACACCGAUUUUUCUAAUAGUGUCUUGGGCGAGUUCAUCACAGAUCGCGCAUCAGUGUUCAUCGUAGCCCAACUCCCCAACGGCAUCAGUCUAGGCGACUACGCAAACGAGGGCUUCUUCUCAUCGGAAAACUUCCCCUUUUUCGACUCCUACUCCAACUCCAACAAGCUGCCCAACAUGAAGUCCGACCAACUCGCCAAGUUAAAGGCGAAUCGCAAUCUAGUCUCCGACGCAUCAACACGCAAGGACAAAUUCCACCUCCUCUCCUGGACGCUAACGCAGCAGCCAGAGGAUGUGCUGAACAUGGACCGCGCAAUCAUGAAUCUGGCAGCUUCGGCAUUUGACGAACUAGUUAGCGAGGCGUGGAAUGCCUUCACGCCCGAGAGUUUUCCCAAUGUGCUGUUUGUAGAUGCCCUAGGAAUCAGGGAUAAAAGCGUAGUCUUCCCGUUCGACAAACCUCGGAACGUCGCAGUGAACAAUGAUAUUACGGCCCUUGCUAUUGCGGUGAAUAACGGAAUGGCAGGGCGGAAUAGGUACAUCACUGGACGGUGAGAUAAUGGGCAAGGAAUGGUAGGGGGACUUGCAGUAGCGGCUCAUGUGGUGUGGUAGACGUCUACAUUGAGAAUUUAUGCGAAGAUUUGAGUUUAAUUCGCAUAUCGGUGGUGGAACUAGUGCAGUUUAUGCGAGAUGAUGAAGCUGUUCGAUGACGCUACAUGCAGGAACCUUUUGUCAUGAGACGUAACUAGGCUUCGUAGUGGGCUCAACCAUUCCACGGGUAUAGCUGGGAAUAGCUCGCGUACCGUUUGUAACGAAGACGGGUGUAAUGUGCUGUGGAGCAACGGCUGAUCUCGCUGUGGUGCGAUCCGAGGACGCAGAAACGCGCAAGCUGAUGUUUAGUAACGAACU